AAUAAUGGAUGGCCCCAUCUCUUCGACAAAUAUUUUGGAAUGCCGAGUUCUAAAGCAGGGACCAAGUCCAAUGUAUGCUUGCUUGGUGUCGUUCCUGAGUUCUGCCAGUGUAGAGACCUGGAGUUGGACUGUGAUGGUGCUCAGCUCAAAGACGUCCCAGUGGUGGCGGUGAAUGUCACCAUGAUGUCACUACAAAUGAAUCAUCUUCACGAACUGAAAGCAGACACAUUCUUUAAGUAUCAGAACCUACAAAAACUAUAUCUGCAGCACAACAGAAUUCAAGAUGUGAGUCCUGAUGCAUUCAGGGGGCUGUACAAUCUUACACGGCUAUACCUGAGCUACAACAAGAUAUCUGUCCUGAAACCUGGAGUGUUCAGGGAUCUGCACAAGCUGGAGUGGUUGAUCCUAGAGAAUAACAAUAUCCAUCAGAUAUCAUCGAUGACCUUUUCAGGACUGAACUCCCUUGUUCUACUGGUUUUGUUGAAUAACUCUCUCACAAAGUUGGAUGACAUCUGCCGGGAAAUGCCUAGACUGAACUGGCUGGAUUUGGAGGGAAAUCUGAUUGAAAUGAUUGGAAAUGCCUCGUUCUGCUCAUGCAGCAUGCUGACUGUUCUGGUGUUACAGCGAAACCGGAUCAGCUAUAUACAUGAACAGGCUUUCUCGGUGCUCCGAAAGCUUGGAGAAUUGGAUCUAUCCAGCAACAGAUUGGUGGCGAUCCCCCCGAAUCUCUUUGUCUUACUGGAGGAUUUGCUCCAACUGAAUAUUUCAUACAACCCCAUCGUGGAGCUCCAAGUCGACCACUUCGACAAGCUGCACAAAUUAAAAUCGUUGAGCAUAGAAGGGUUAGAAAUUGGAAACAUACAGCGAAGGAUGUUUGAGCCUCUCAAGUACUUGACUCAUAUCUACUUUAAGAAAUUCCAGUACUGCGGCUAUGCUCCGCACGUGCGCAGCUGCAAGCCCAACACUGACGGCAUCUCUUCCUUCGAGGACCUGCUGGCCAACAUCGUUCUGAGGGUGUUCGUCUGGGUCGUCUCUGCUACCACCUGCUUCGGCAACGUCUUCGUCAUCUGCAUGCGCUCCUACAUCCGCUCAGAGAACAAACUCCAUGCCAUGUGCAUCAUCUCCCUCUGCUGUGCAGAUGGACUGAUGGGCAUCUACCUCUUCAUGAUUGGCGCGUAUGACCUGAAGUUUCGGGGAGAGUACAACCGACACGCUCAGGCGUGGAUGGACAGCAGCCAGUGUCAGGUCAUCGGCUCAUUGGCUAUGCUGUCGACCGAAGUAUCCGUCCUGCUCCUCACUUAUCUCACUCUGGAGAAAUACAUCUGCAUUGUUUACCCUUUCCAGUAUUUGACUCCUGGCUGGCGACGAACUGUCACCAUCCUUCUCGGGAUAUGGGUUUUUGGAUUUAUUGUUGCUUUCCUGCCACUGGCCUGCAAGGGGUUAUUUCGCAACUUUUAUGGGACCAAUGGAGUCUGCUUCCCCCUGCACUCGGAGCAGCCAGAGACGCUUUGGGCUCAUGUUUACUCCAUCGUCAUUUUCCUGGGUCUUAACCUGGUGGCAUUCCUCAUCAUUGUCCUUUCCUAUGCAAGCAUGUUCUACAACAUCCACAGGACAGGCACUCAGACCACUAAAUACAGCAACCACAUCAAAAAAGAAGUGACCAUCGCCAAAAGGUUCUUCUCUAUCGUCAUCACUGACUCCCUCUGCUGGAUCCCUAUUUUCAUCCUCAAGAUUCUGUCACUGCUGCAGGUGGAGAUUCCCGGUACUAUCAGCUCCUGGGUGGUCAUAUUUAUCCUCCCCAUCAACAGCGCCCUUAACCCCAUCCUUUACACACUGACCACAAGGCCUUUCAAGGAAACCAUUCUUCAGGUGUGGGCUAACUACAGGCAGAAACGGCCUCUGCUCAGCGGUCGGCCAGCUCAUCAUCCAUCUCUGACUUGGCAAGAAAUGUGGCCGCUGCAGGAGAACAGCCACGGAGUCACCCUGGGGCAUCCGUUGGAAACGAAAGGCACGGUGGCUAAGCUCCCCCCUGUGGAAAGUCCUAACGACGGUUACGACAUCACGAUGUGCACAAAACAACAGCAGAAGCAACAUAUGGUGCUGUCAGUAUGCUCCCAGGACCAAACCGCUCCACACACACUCACACACACGUUCACACAAACAAAUGAACUCCUCUGAGUGUCCGAGAGAGCUACGCGGAUCUGUUUGUAAUGUCGCACAGCCUCCUCGACCAAUUAAAUGUGUUUCAGUUUCAUUUCAGCCAUCAGUGUUCCCCAUCUUAAAAGUGCAGUUUAGACCUUAAUUUGUGCUUUGUAGUUGAAAAUCAGCAUUCAUUAGUGUUAGCAAAGGGCGAAAGAAAAUGACGGCUCCAAAA